AUGCCACAUGCAUCGCGGGUUUUUCGCUGUUCUUACCAUUUACAUCGUGCGAUUACGAGUGAUUUACUAUGAGUUUUAAAAGCAAAAUAAAUAUUUCAAGUCAACUAUGGUGACUCCGUUUGUUGAAGGUUGGGACUUUGUGCAGACACUCGGCGAAGGCGCCUAUGGAGAGGUGAAGCUUGCUGUCAACCGUAGCACUCAGGAGGCCGUUGCUGUGAAGAUACUCAUUCUAGAUAAAGCCAAAGGGGCUUUAGAAAAUGUCCGGAAAGAGGUGUGCGUCCACAGGAUGAUGAACGACGAUCACAUCGUCCGUUUCUACGGCCAGCGCAAGGAAGGCAGCAUCCAGUAUCUCUUCCUCGAGUACAUGAGCGGAGGAGAGCUGUUCGACAGAAUCGAGCCUGAUAUCGGCAUGCCCGGUAAGCAGGCCCAUCGGUACUUUUGUCAGUUGAUAGCCGGCGUGGAGUACUUGCACCGGAAGGGCGUGACACACAGAGACCUCAAGCCGGAAAACUUGCUCCUGGAUGAUAACGACAACCUAAAGAUCUCGGAUUUCGGUCUGGCCACCGUCUAUCGGCACCAGGGCAAGGAGCGGCUGAUGAACAAGUGCUGCGGCACGCCGCCGUAUGUGGCUCCCGAGGUCUUGAAGAAAGAGGAGUACCACGCGGAGCCGGCUGACUUCUGGUCCUGUGGGAUCAUUCUGGUGGCCAUGCUGGGUGGAGAACUGCCCUGGGAUGAGCCCACAAACGCUUGUAAGGAGUUCAGUAACUGGCUGGACAGGAAGAUGCACCUGUCACCGUGGAAGAAGAUAGACCCUUUGCCGUUAGCUUUGCUGCGCAAAAUACUGAAUGAGUCGCCCUCAAGGCGAUGCACGAUAGCCACUAUGAGGAAAGACAGGUGGUACAGUGCCAAAACCUGGCCGCACAGACCACCGUCCAGCUCACCGACGAGCUCGGGUUCGUUUAAGCGUAGGUGCUCAGGGAAUGACCUUUCGCCGACGUCCUCCAUCAGAAGAGAGAACUCGGCCACAAUCUCAAGUUCGCAGCCCAUACCCCUCGCUGCCCCUGACACACCUGUGCCCGAAACAACCAAAGAGUCGGUGGAGAAGUUGAUCUUGGGUGUCAGCUUCUCUCAGCCCGUCCACAUGGACUCACUGCUACUGAGUAGUCAGAUACAGUCUACACCUGGAGGCUCACAGACACCUAUGCAGAGACUAGUCAAGCGCAUGACCAGGGUUUUCACCAAGCUCAGACCGGAUGAGGCGGUCAAGAAACUGACCGCUGUACUGGAGAAGAUGGGCUAUGUGUGGAAACUGACCACAGUGAGACAGGUUACCAUUUCAUCUCAGGAUCGACGAAAGAAUCCACUAAUCUUCAAAGCUCACCUACACGAAAUGGACGACAAAGUGCUCAUAGACUUCAGACUAUCAAAGGGUGAUGGUAUCGAGUUCAAGCGCCACUUCCUGAAGAUAAAAGGAAAGCUGGCACACAUCACCACCAAAGUACCCCCUCUCACCCCUUUUAUCUGAAUGGAUUGACCCAGAUGGGUCAAAGGCUACCGUCAUAAGCAUUAUGUUUCCCCAGAGGGUCAAAGUAUUAUUAACAACUCCAUUAAUGCCAAGGUAGUUUUGCAUUUUUAAGUAUUAUUGCCAGGUUUUUCUUUGAUCAUGAAUAUUCAAUGUAAAAACAUACAAUUUCAAGUUUGCAAAAAUCACACUACAUUCCAUAAAUUUAUGGAUAUGUUGAAGAAAAGUUUGAAACUCAGGAGAGUUGUUGAAUGUUUUAUGACAGAAACAUUGGUAAACCAUUUUUGAAAUCAUUAGGCUGAAAGAAAUGCACUUAAGAAAGUUUUUGCAUCGUGAACAAAGUAACUUCAAGUCACUGCCAAAUGUGGCAAGUUGUUUAACCAUCUAGCAAGAUAUUUUUUUAUUGUAAUAAUCUUAUCAAGGCCGUUAGAUGUACUUGUCCAGCUUGGCAUGCACAUUGAUUGCCAAAUUCAACAGCGCUGAUUGAUUGUUACAUCCAAUGUGAUUGAUCCAUCGCCCAGCUAUUCCAAGGAACCCUUUGCCCGUGACAGGAAACGCACGAGCUUUAAUCCAUUCAAACAUUGGGAUAGGAUGUCUUGAGGUUGAUCGAAUAAUUUACACUCCACUCAAGAGAUACCGUCAAUUUUAACAUCUGAAACGGGUAAACCUUCAGUAUACGGCAGCAUUUCUCUGAGAAAAGCAACAUCUGCCCGCUUGAAAGGGGGAAAAAAAGACAGUUGACAGUCCAUGCAAGUGCAUCAAUGGUUUAUUCUAAGAAAUGACACCCUCAUUAAAGUGUCAGCACUAUUGCCUUUCGUUAUGAGAUUUUGUGGCGAGACGGUUUAAUAAUCAGACGCUUAGCAAUUCGUCGGUGUUUAACCUGGUAUUGAUCAUGAUAUCGCUGCACGGUUGAAGUUGGAAUCAUUCCGAAAACAUUGGGGUUUUUAUUUUUAUAACCAGCCUGAGUUAAGAUAUGGAACCUCUCCUGUUUCGUCUUUAAGUAGAGUGAGAAACCCGAGGGUGCCAGACGUGAAAAUUAAACGGCUUUGAGCAGAAGCACCCCCUCAUCGGUAGAAAAGAGCCACGUUGGUCGGGGGUGUUAAUUUUUGCCAGGUAUGGUGACGCGUGCGUUUCAUAGUCGUUUGUGAACCAGCGAAGUGCACUUCCUACCAAAGGAGCCUCUGUUGCUAGAAAAAUUGCGCCCUCUCUUGGUCCAGCUCGUGUCUCAUUACUAACGGAAUUCCUUACGCUUUCUCAGUUGGGAUCGAGGUUUUGUUCCAAAGCUUUCAAUUUAAGAUUUUAAGCUGGUAUGUAUGCACAUGCAUUCGCUGUGCCUGUAAUUUUUCUACAUCUUUAUACCGAUCAAGUACUUUUGCAUUUGGAGAUAUAUUUUUGUAAUCUUUGAAGAACACUUUUGUUAAACGCUGUUGCGUUUUUCUCGAAAGCGAGUA